GGGAGGCUCGCCGGCCGGUACAGCCGGAGCAAGGAGGCAGUGUCGGCCAUGGAGGAAGGCCCACUGGCCGGAGCAGCAGGAGCAACUGCAGCCGCUGGUCAGCUCGACGCACCGCCUCCUCCGCUGCAGCCCGCACGGUCGAGAGGGGCAGCUGCGCCAUAGCUGGCGGCGAGUUCAGUGGCCGCCUCCUCCUCUCCUCUUUGAAUCCACAGGUGCCUAUGCGUUCCCCUCGGUUGGAUUGUUCAUCCUUCUUCGUCGAUGGUGUGCUCGUCCGUUGCAAUAGCCUUCGUGUGCUGGAUGAACACUGCCGGUUGAGGUUGGUUUCUUCCUGUUAUGUCCUGCAUCGACAGUCGCAUCUUUCUGCCAUUGCCGUUGAGCAGGUUCAACGAUCUGCUAGGUUGCUGCAUCUGCAACUUUGUGCUAUUGUUCAAGGAAAUAAGCUGGUCAGCUCUGGGGCAAAAGGUCAGCAAAUCUGCUUGGCUGUUCCUCCCAAGGUGAUGAGAGAUUGCUUGUUGCAGAGUACAUGCCUAGAAAGACAUAUAUCUUUCACUAGUGGGUGGAGGUGCAUCGCCUCAGGAUGUCAAGGUAUAGGGAUGGAAUCCUUAUUUCACAGUAUGUUUCUGUUCUUACGAUAAGUGACUCAUGUUUCUUCUGUGUAAUGCUAGGAUAAAGUUUGAUUUUCUCUGUACUACUCCAACUUGGUCCUAUCUCUAACUACAAAAAUUUUAUGUAUCAUUUUAAUUUAGAUUUUAUUAUUAUUAGAAUUAGAUGGUGUGCAUUGAAUAUGAAAAUAGGGUCAAGUAUUACUAUGGCGUAUAUCCUAUUGAGUUUUCAUGGGACCUUGAGGCUCAUUGUUGAUCUCUUUGUAGCUUAUAAAAGAUAGUUAUAUCAUUUUACUGGAUGUAUAAUCAGAAAGGUGGGCCAACAAACUGUAACAUGUGACAUAAAAUAUGAUAAUGCGGGCUUCCUUUAUUUUUUUCCAUGGGCAGAGUGGGUGGAGGUACACAACCUCAAGAUGUCAAGGAAUCUGAUCCUUAUUUUACAGUGAACUUAGAGGGGUUUUCCAUCUUAUAAUAUGAUAAUGCAUGCUUCCUUACCUUGACCAGAAUUUAGCAUUUUGGCAUUGCCUCCUUACCAUGCAAUGUAGGCUUCAGCACCAUUUUUUAAAUGUAAGCCAUCAUUUGUGCCGGUCCUUAUCAAGCAGUUCCUUAUCAAAGGGGAUUUUGAUGUUCUCGCUGAAACAGAGGACUUGAAUUGAUGAUUUCUAGGAUUAGUAAACAUUAGCAUAAUCCUGAUUAUCUAGUUGAGAAAUCUUAUAUUUUAAUUGUGAUAAGUAAUGUAGGCUGCAAGAGUUGUCUUUUAAGUAAUGAAAAUUCUUCUGCCAGUAGCUAAUGCCGUUUAGAAAUUUUGAUUUUCUUUUGUAGCUCUCUUCAUUUUUGUCACUGGUUUACAUUUGUUUUAUAUCUUUCUCAUUCUGUUCAUAGCAUUUUGUCAUGUUUCUUCCUUUUUAUAGAGCUAUUUUUAUGUUGUGUUAAGAAUUUUGCCUAAUUGAUGGCUCAAAUGAUUGCAAACAUAUGAUCUUGUCGGCUUGAGUGAUUGCGGGCAUAUCGACUACAGGAAAACGUAGCCACAGAAGAUUCUUGCUUCCCUUUUUUGUUUUUGUGAAAUUGCAGUCAAGCUACUUACAUAUGACUCUUAUUAGGGCAUUCGAGAAUUCUCAAAUUGGGUCUGCUUCUGUUUUAGCCUGAUUUAUGUUUCUACUGUAGGUGUUGCUCUAUGGCAAUACAUACUUUUUGCACUAUUGAAGAGAUAAGAAUAGAGUGCUACCUAUUUAUGCUUUUAGUAUGGCUUGAUAUACCGAGGCCCUGUUGUGGAACUGAUAUUGUUUUUUUAUGUUGGAACAAAUGAUGGUUUGAUCUGUGUGCAGUUGCAUUGUUUAUUUCUCAACAGGUGGAGAUCGAAUUUAAUAAUUAUAUUGACAUGCCCCGGUGCUUUUUGUUAUUGUAGUUGCCUAAUUAUUGUUAUCUACUUCCUCAGAUCCAAAAUAAGUGGUGGUUUGAACUAAAAUCAUGGCAUUUAUUUUGGAUUGGAGGGGGUACCAUUUUUGUUCUUCUGCAACAUAGCAUGUGCAGUACUAUACUCCUUAUUAUGCUAAGGCACUAUGCGUGACUUCAGAAGAUUAACAUUUCCAAAUU